AUUACAACCCCCCCUUCCCCCCUCUCCUCCCUUUCGUCUUCUUAACGUACCGGUAAAAUUCGAGAUCGCCAUUCCAAAGAACGACCGCGAGAGGACCAGCCAGCAGCAGCGCCAUAGGAGGUCUCGGGAGCUUCUCUUAAGCGGGUUAGUAGCACCAGCAGCGUAGCAUCCCACCUACCAUGUCGUCGGCGGAUAAGAAGAAGCCGGUCGUGCUGCACAUCGGAGACGCUAUCAAGCACAACCCAGAGAUCUACCGGCGGCUCGAGUCCGAGUUCACGAUAAUCCGGCCGGCGGCCGGGGAGCGGCAGCGGGAGCCGUUCCUGCAGGCCCUCCGGGACCGCAAAUGGGGCGACUUCGACGCCGUGCUCCGGCCGUUCUGGAACACGGGCGGCGAGAUGGGCCGCUGGGACGCCGAGCUCAUCCCGCUGCUCCCCGAGUCGCUCAAGAUCUACGCCAGCGCCGGCGCCGGCUACGACUGGGCCGACGUUGAUAUCAUGGCCGAGCACGGCAUCAUCUACUGCAACGGCGCGCAGGCGUCGUCCGAGGCGGUGGCAGACAUGGCCAUCUUCCACAUCCUCAGCGUGUUCCGGAACCUGGCGUGGUCGCAGGCGGCGGCGCGGUCGGGCGACCCGGAGCAGUGGACGGAGGCGCACAAGUACGCGACGAUGACGGCGCACAACCCGCGCGGCCACGUGCUCGGGAUCGUCGGGCUGGGCAACAUCGGGUCGGCGAUCGGGCGCAAGGCGGCGGCGUGCUUCGGGAUGGCGGUCCGGUACCACGACGUGGAGCGCAAGGCGGCGGCGCACGAGGCGGCGGCCGGCGGCGCCGCCUUCGACGCCGAGCUCGACGCGCUGCUGGCCGCCGCCGACUGCGUGGUGCUGGCGGCGCCGUUCGCCGGCGCCGUGCUGAUCGGCGCCGCGCAGCUCGCGCGGUUCAAGCGCGGGGCGCGCUUCGUCAACGUCGCGCGCGGCGCCCUCGUCGACGAGGACGCGCUCGUCGCCGCGCUCGAGUCCGGCCGCCUCCACGCCGCCGGCCUCGACGUCUUCCAGCACGAGCCCCGCGUCCACCCCCGCCUCUGCCGCAUGCGCAACGUCACCCUCACCUGCCACAACGCCGGCGGCGCCAUCGAGACCAACAUCGGCUUCGAGCGCCUCGCCAUGGAGAACGUCGAGGCCUUCUUCCUGCGCGGCCAGGCCCUGACCCCCGUCAACGCGCACCUCCUGAAGAACACGAGCGCGGAGCCGGCGGUGGGUAAUGGUGUGGUGAAUAAGUAGCAAAAUAGCCAAGGAGAUCUUACGGGAGGAAGUGUAUAAAAUAGUGCAGCAACAUUACCACCUAUGUUCGUUUUCAUGUACUUACGUAUACCUACCUAAAGAUUCGGGUUAGGCCCCUCGAAUCGCUUAUAUAGACACUCAUUCUCCCCUAUCGACGGACAGGCUUCGUCCCGUCACAUCGAGACGU